CGCUCUUCCAUCUCGCUUCAGCUCGUCCAACACCUCUUUAACCCGAUCCACCAUCUGCCACGUCCGGACACCAUCUCCAUCACAACGAACAAGACUUUGUACUCCAUCUCCUUUCACCGGUACAUCUACUCUGCUGUCUUCCGGUCGAAACAAUUGCCCAGGCGUCGGCCGGUCCCCGUGAAGCCAGCUCCCAAAGUCUGCUCUUCCAGCACGAUUGACUCCACCGACAUGCUGACACCGGACUCUGUACAUCGAUAAGACGAUUGUCAUUUGUCGGUCGUUCAGUCGUGCCUUUCCGCCGACGAGAAUAAAAUGACUCCCAAUACUAAUAACCCAUCACCCAGUGUGGGACAGCCUACCCCUCCAGCUGUUCCCUCGACGACUGCCACUACAGCCACCAAUGACUCUGAUAGCGACAAUUCUCCCGAAGAGAGGCCAACCCAUACGUCUGAGAUUGGGACCCUCAAAAAGCUUCCUAACCAUGGUACAGCCUGGCUAGGAAGCUCAUCCGGUGUCUAUUUCGUCAAUACUGUUCGUCGCGCAUUUUCCGCCGCGUUUGGUUCUUCCACCCUUGCAGGCCCCAACGCUGUCCCGGCCAGCGAAGACAUCCUCACUGGCGAAGAUGCCGAAGGUCGGUCCUUCAAUGGGCCUCUGCAUGAGGGACCGAGCGAAACCGAUUCAUUCCCCCAACUGCUUACAUCUGCCCUUGGCAGGCCUCCUGAGCGGAAGAUGGCGAUGGAGCUUGUCAUGUCGUUUUUCACCUUAUGGCAUCCGCUGUUUCCCUUCCUUCACGGCCCAACUUUUCUAAAGGACAUGGAAGCGAUAUACCUUCAGCGAAGGCGGCAGUCAAAACCAACCAAAGAAAACCCAUCUCCUACGGAUCUUCGGAAAUUGGCAACGUUCCAACUCAUCGUCAACAUCGCGGCGCUGGACCGCAGUGAUAUUCUCCUGCCAAUGGAGUCUCGUAUCAAGUCGACUGCUGACGUGAGUCGAGUGGCUGGUUGUCUAGCUCUAUCCCAUGAAAUCACCAACAUUCAAGCUAUCCUUGCUGCCGAACUCUAUCUGGUUGCGACGCUGGCUAUCCGCCAGGCUAGCACUGUGGCUGGUAUUGUCGUCAAACUGAUAUAUCAUGCCGGCCUACACCGUUGUCCGUUACGAUAUGCGCAGCUAUCUGGGGAGGACUGCGAGAUUCGCAAGCGAAUUUUCUGGUCCGCUUAUGCCCUCGAUCGGCAUUGCAAUUUGAGUUUGGGCGAUCCAAACGUUAUUCAAGACGACGACAUAGAUGUCUGCUUGUCUGGACCGGAGCUGCACAAAGCUGUACGCCAAUUGUUGCCCCAAGAUGGAGAAGAGGCAAUGUCGAUGCCACCGCCACGAGCGGUGUCCGAUGAUCCACGCGUUGCUCAACAAGAAAAUGACGGGCCAGAAGCAAGAGAAAAACGACUUCGCGAGGCAGCGUUGACCGCCUAUGUGCAAUGGGGCAAAUUGACUGGUCAGAUCAUCGAAGUCUUCCAUAAGAGCAUCAAUCACCGUUUCCCUAAGCACCAGCAGAUAUUACGGUUGACAAGCGACAUUGAGACUUGGUGGAAUGAUCUUCCUGGAUUUCUAACUGGUGAAGCUGAUCCUGGCCAGCAUCAUGAGACUGCAGGGAAUAACAGCAGCUCAAAUAAAUACACGUCAUCCGACACAGCCGUCCUCCCUCCUCAGCAACACCUAGCUAGCUUCUUCAAAAUCCUUUACCACAGACUCCUCCUUCUUGUCAAUCGACCACGUCUAUCUCUCGACCAAUCAACACCUGAAUUUCAACAUGGCUUACAAGUCUGUAUCCGAGCUUCGCGUGGUAUUGUCGCCGGCCUCAAAUCCCACAGAAGCCACGGCCAGUCAAUGUUCCUACCCGGCCUACUAUCUGCAGUCUGGAUGUCAGGCCUCAUCAUUGCCUUCGCCUGCCAAUUAGGGAAAUAUGCCAAAGCACGGGCCCUUUCCGAUAUGCAAGCCUGUCUCAGUCUGCUCGAGAGCAUGAACAUCAGAUGGUACACGGUUCAAAACUGCCAUAAAGUUUUGAACUUGCUACUUGUCAAUAUCCAAUCACGAAAAACGUCGAUCAACGGGUUCCUCACUGUUCCCAAACCAGAACAAUCACCACAGAGCGUGCCCAACGAGUUCGAGCAGAUGCAGCCGUCCAGAAAACGACAGCGCACUGGUGAUGAUCAACCAAGUCCUCGAAAAUCAUCGAUGGCUGAUUCGGUAACGAGUUCACCCGUCCAGCAACAAGGUUCCGCGUCCGGGAUGCCACGAUCCAAACAGCGAGCAUCGUCCGCAUCCGGGAGCACGCCAAACCACUGGCCACCAUCACUAGGUUACGAUGCCACGAACCCGUCAGCACUGACGAAUCCAAACGGCACGAUACCCAAUUUCGACUUUCUAUCCAACUGGGAUCGAGGCCAGCCUACGACGCAGCCACAGAUUAACGCUGGACUGGGCAGUGCCAUAUACGCUACCCCUCAGGACCUCGCGUUCGCCCAGUCCACGAUGAACAUGAGUCUGCCGUCGAGCAAUAAUUCAGGCGGCAUGCGUGGCGACGGGAACAAUAACAACGGCGGUCUGCAGGAGUAUUCGGACCCCAUGUUCUGGGGGAAUAUGGACUACAAUGUGGCCGAUAUUUUUGGCUCGGCGACAUGGGAGAAUAUGACGGGCCCUUUCGCGCCGGGCGGUGGGAAUAUGCAUGGCGGAUGGGAGAUGUAACUUGACCUUGACCUUGACCUUGAUUCUUGGCCUUGACUUCUGCUGGCUGCGAGACUGUCAUCGACAGGUGGGCGCACACUGCCGAAGACUGCCGAUCAAGAGUUUCUUUUCACAGCAAGGUGCAUUUCCUGUCAGCGACGUGACUGGUACUUGUUUAUGGAGCAGUUGGACUCUCGCAAGUGUGCAUGGUGGUACGAUCGGCGUGUGGCGCGUGGCGCUUAAGGAAGGAAUAAGGACAAUACCACCCACAGGAUCAUCAGCCCGAAGGAUGAUUUACGAAAAAUGUCUAGUGUUUGUCACAGCAUGGGAUCGUGGUGGCCUCUGCUGACGCUGGAUUGGGGUCUGCUGUCGAUCUAAUACGUUGGGCGUUGCCGGAUCAUGCGGCGAAAUUGCUUGGAAUUUCGAUCUCAGACCUAUGCUGCCGUCUCUGACACAGGGCGGUUACUAGUUUGUACGAGAUGUGGUGAAUAGCAGGUGGGGGGGGCAGGCAGUAUGCAUGCCCUCAGACGUUUGGUACCUAUAACGAAGCAAUGGCAAGGCAUGGCCAGAUGUCAG